ACAUCAAGUGAGGCAUCAACAACAACUUCUGAAGCAAACACAUCUGCUGAAGAAUCGACAGCGACCUCCGCUGGUUUAACAAGUGAAACUGUGGAAGCUACGUUUUCAACAUCGGGAGUGACCAUGACACCAGAAUCAACCGGAGACACAAUGGAAACAACGACAGCUAUGUCCUCAAGUGUAACAGAAAUUUCAACCAGUACCUCGACGGAAACAAGUCCCUCACAACCUUCUACGAUUACCAUUGAGCCUUCCACUACAAAUGAACUAACUUCAGCAGUCACGGACGGGCAAAUAUCUUCCACUACUAUUGGACUCUCAUCUACCCAGGGAACUGAAAGUACAACUGCAGAGCCAACUGACUCCACAACUGCAGCGGGAACGACCCUUGAAGAUCACACAACAACGUUAGAAAUGUCAACAAUUCCAGCUGAAAUAACGACCAUUAAUACACAAGGACCAUCAACUAGCCCAACGAUAGAAGCAAUAACCACAACACAGUCUCCCACAUCUACCACACCCUUUCUAACUACUCAAACUACAUUACCUUUCACAACCACACCCAACAUACCAUCAACUACCCCAACUACCACACCUUCUACAACCACCCUAAUUACAUCAACUACCACACCUACCACACCUCCAACUGCAUUAACUACAUCAACUACACCUACCACACCUUCUCCAGUUACCCCAACUACAUCAACUACACAUUCUACUACACCUAUCCCACCUGCCCCUUCUACUACACCUUCUUCUACACCUAACCUAACUACAACACCUACCCCAAAUAGCCCUUAUACUACACCUAUCCCAACUACCCCUUCUAAUACACCUACCCAUUCUAAUACACCUACUUCAACUACCCCAACUAACCCUUCUACUGCAUCCAGUCCAACUUCUACAACUGCAUCUGCUUCAUUGACGUCAACUUCACUCUCAACAACUGGACCUCCGAUAAUUGUGACUGUGGACACUAUUGAAGUAUCAACAGAUGUCACUGUUAGACUCAACAAAACAUUUAAAGAAGAAUACAGUCACCCGUCAACACAGGAAUACCAAGAUUUCACAAAAAAUUUCACCAACGAUAUGACCUUACUGUACAACCGCACUAUUAACAAUUUUAUCGGCAUAGUAAUAAUAGGACUCAGGAAUGGCAGUGUCGUGGUGGAGCAUGUGGUUCUACUGCGCAUAGAGAAUGGGAAGAACCUAAGUAAUGAGAUUGCUGAGUCAGAAAAACAAAUCAAGGACAUUCUCAAUGCGGCCAAAAACUGCACCACAGGCCAAGUAGGCUGUAUUGGGGUGGACAUAAUUGGAGAUGUCAUAGUAAAAAAUUCCACAUUUGAUAAAGAAUCGGUAUGCGACACGGCCAAACUAGAUAAGGACUUGAGGAUAUACUACCAUGCAGCACAAAUAGAUGGGCGACUGGUCUGUGUCUCUCCCUGUGCCCCCGGACACAACAGGGGAAAGAACUGCAACACCGGCACCUGUAGUAUGUCAAGGGACGGUCCGGUCUGCAGAUGUAACCAGGACUACUGGUACCUAGACUCCGAUUGCUUCGGUCCUAUCCUGAAGAGGGACCUCUUUGCCGCGCUACUGACCCUGGCAGGACUGGCGAUAGCAGCCGUGGGGGUCAUGGUGGUCUAUGUGCCCUGGCAUAGACGACAAUUACAUAGGGUGAAAGAUAUCCAUACUGGACAAGUUAACCAGUGGCUGGAGGAAGACUUUGAAUGGCCCAACAGGCCAAAUAUAGGUGGCCACUUGGUUGGUUCAAGUAGUACCACAGUCCUAACAGAGAAUGAGCCUAACCCACCUUAUGGGGGCCGAGUGGGCUUGCAGUACGACGCAGAGGGAGAUUCCCUGUCAUCCUCCAGUACAAGGCUGUCGUCUCCCUACCAUGGAACACAGGCACAGGUGUCCAGGAGGCCUGAGAUCAUUUGCCAUGACUACAGUUCCUGGGGUGCUGAUAGGGACGCCAUUCAAGUCAUACAGACUACUGCCACCUCGUCAGGGCAGCAUUUUACAUUGAGUGACCCUGGCAGCCAAUCAGAGCUUAGGAUCAGCAUACCGGAGAUACGGACUUACUCUGAGAUCUAGUGGGACAUCCUCAACUCUUAAAAAACAGAACUGGACAAAGAACAGGAUAAUACAUUUAACGAAGUGUUUCUCAUCGACCAACGGAAUAAAGCAGAAGGAAAAAGGAUCACUUAACGGACAGUCUCCUCUUUGGGAGCGAAGCCUGAAUAACGGUUGUGGGAUGAGGCUUUAUUAACACUACACAGGAUUGUCCAACGAAGUAUGGAGUCAAUGAUACAGGAGGAUGUGAAACCCAACCUCAGCUUCAAUAAUGGAAUAAUCUGCUCUCAAAUCAAUCAACCUAUCAGGAUAUCAGGAAACAACAUGUUUUAAAUGCUCUACUUCAGUGACGCAUGUUUACAAUAAAUCUACACAAUGAUAUAUGUUGCUUGUACCAGUUUACCAAUUAGCAUGGCUUCUUUUGCACUUUAAUACCACAAUAAAUUAAUGUAAAUAAUGUUGUAAUAUCACAUGUACAUAACAAUCUGUCUUUAUAUAGAACAGACAUUGCACUGUGGUAGUUGUUAUAAAAUCAAAACAUAUUUAAAAUGUUUUCCAAAAACUAAGUUAUUUCCCGACUCAUUUUUGUGAACUGCAUAAUGUCAAACCAAUAAUACAAUAUUGUAUCACACAUAAAUAGAACAAUAAACGCAUCUGAUGAAAUUGGCAGUCAAAUGAACAGUGAAUGAAGGCCAAAGUGAGCCAUGUCUAAUCGGUGCCGCAUUCUCUUGAUCUUGUUGUUUGGCUGUAUGUCCAACGUUCUUUGGCUGUGCGCUCAUCUCAUCUUUUCCUGUGCUCAAGCUCUAAUUUACGUUACUCCUACUUUGCCUUUAGUUCUAACUCCCUUGGUUGAACAUCUACGGGACUCACCCCACUACCCGUAGCACCCUUAUCAUCAGUCCUCCACCAAUCAGCACUUUGACCACUGCUUUUGGAUUGCCUGGUGCCACUCUGAUGUCAUAAUUCUUAGUGAUGAUGAGCAGAUUCACCUUCGUACAUGUAUCCAUCUCCCAUGUAGGGUUUUCCACAAAUGCUUCCAAUGAGCCUGUGUGAUUUUGCAACUUAUAAAAUGAUUCCACUAGUCUUAUAACCCAUUAGGGUGGAUGUCAGUGACAGCAACUCUACCACAAAAGUGUAUUUUCAACACUCAAAUAUCUGAGCACAGCAGAGCCUCACAGUCUGAGAUUAGAGCAACUAUCACAGGAAACAAAAUCCCGGACGAGCCCCCUUUCUGUUACGUUCCCCAGCAAGAAACCAAAACAUUUCACUCAAACAGAAGGAGGAACUAACAAAGAUUCACUAACAACCAAAACAAAAGGGAAGCGGGGAUGAUCAUCUAAAAGAUUGUUUUUAGGAAUAUCUAAUAGUGAGCUCCAACUGACGGUGUUAAUCCUUCACAUCUCUCAAGACAACUGGAACACUGGGCCAGCACAGGUGAAACACCUUCCCACUAAAGAGAUGAACAAGCCUGCACAGGUGAAACACCUUCCGACUAAAGAGAUGAACAAGCCUGCACAGGUGAAACACCUUCCCACUAAAGAGAUGGACAAGCCAGCACAGGUGAAACACCUUCCGACUAAAGAGAUGAACAAGCCUGCACAGGUGAAACACCUUCCGACUAAAGAGAUGAACAAGCCUGCACAGGUGAAACACCUUCCGACUAAAGAGAUGAACAAGCCUGCACAGGUGAAACACCUUCCGACUAAAGAGAUGAACAAGCCUGCACAGGUGAAACACCUUCCGACUAAAGAGAUGAACAAGCCUGCACAGGUGAAACACCUUCCGACUAAAGAGAUGAACAAGCCUGCACAGGUGAAACACCUUCCCACUAAAGAGAUGAACAAGCCUGCACAGGUGAAACACCUUCCGACUAAAGAGAUGAACAAGCCAGCACAGGUGAAACACCUUCCCACUAAAGAGAUGAACAAGCCAGCACAGGUGAAACACCUUCCCACUAAAGAGAUGAACAAGCCAGCACAGGUGAAACACCUUCCCACUAAAGAGAUGAACAAGCCAGCACAGGUGAAACACCUUCCCACUAAAGAGAUGAACAAGCCAGCAAGGUGAAACACCUUCUGACUAAAGAGAUGAACAAGCCUGCACAGGUGAAACACCUUCUGACUAAAGAGAUGAACAAGCCAGCACAGGUGAAACACCUUCCGACUAAAGAGAUGAACAAGCCAGCACAGGUGAAACACCUUCGACUAAAGAGAUGAACA